AUGGCACAUCGCAAACGCGCUACCUCUGUUUCAUCAUCUUCAUCAUCCAACAGUUCUAUCUCAUCCCAGUCAGCAGUAGCUGUACCUCUGAAGAAGAUCUCAAAGAAACUCACCAGGCCAAAAAAAAAGCGCUGUUCAUCAGACGAUGACGAGAAAAUGAUUAUGGAGCCUGAGACUGACCCUCACGAAGAACUUGUCGCUGCAGCGCGUUGCAUAGCACGCUGCAUUGAUGUGUUUUGCAAGACAAAACAACUUAUCAUGGUAGGUCUUUCUCUGCAGCAGCGUGAUGCUGCAGAGAAUGGUGAUGUCUCAGAGGACGAAGAUAUUCAGGCUAGUCGCGACAAGUCACCUAAGAUCCAAGAUCGAUACAAGAGGAACUACGCUCGUCUACUCCAGCUCGUGCUGAGCUUGAAGCCUCUACUUGGUGACCCUCGGAAAAGUUUGGAACUCAAUGCUAUCAUCAAGAAGAUGGAUGCUACCAUCUCCACUACUCAUUCUGACGAUACCUUGCGCCUGAAGAACCAAAUCAGUCACUACACGGCCUUCAACCUUCGUUCCCCGAUAAUGCCACCUAUAUACGACGGCACUGGUUCGCGUACCCACCUGGGUAGUAACCACCCUGUUCUCGCUCGAUUUCUCUGUCCAGUCAGGGAACUCAAAGAAUUUUCAAAGGACACUGAGAAGGCUCAGAAAAAACUUCAAAACAGCAAGAUUAAGAUGACUGCCUCCGCUCUUCCUGCUUUUCUGUGGGCUGGGGAUCUACCAGGCAAGGACUACGACGACAAUAACAUGUUCGAAGGCAUGUUUGAGGGUCAUUUAUUGGAAAGAAUGAUGCGCCACAUCUUUACAAGUCCCUUGAGUGCGUAUGGGGAGCAGACGCGAGCGACACGCACCUGUAAUGCUGCCCUACAUGACAUGACCACAGUAGAAGCAGCGCAUAUUGCCUAUGGCUGCUUGCAGGUUCGUUUUGGUAUUGGCGCCAAGAACACUUGGUCAGAAGUCAAUGGUGAUUUCAACUAUCGGGACUUCUACAACAACAUUGUCGACCUCAUCGAAGAUUCACCCGAUCCAGAAUGGAAAGACAAGCUCCUCAGAGCUUGGAACAUGAAAUUAUUCAAGAAUGAAGAAGGCCGUGAGGGUGACUCUAUCACUAGUAAAGAUAACAAUAUUUCUAGCACCUCUCAUGAAGGAAGAGAUGAUGAUCUAGAACGAGUCCGUGCCCAAAUGGUGGCUCGUCGUGCAGCCAAAGCAGCUCCAGCACAUCCUCCUUCUCCCCCACCUUCCCUUUCACCACCUCCCCCUCCUCGCGAGUCAAUGCCAGCUUGUCCUUCCGGACCAAUGCCUUCUCGUGAGACAACUCCAGUGCCACCUCCUACUCCCAGGCCAGUUGCUACUCCCAGGCCGGUGUAG